AUGGCAUAUAACACCAAACGAUUAUUCAUAUUUCUAUCGGUUUUUGUUACUGUUUAUGUGUUAUUUCCAUCAUCUGGUGAUGGUUUUGAUGAAUCACAACCUGUUGAAUUAGUUGAUAGUAAAAGAAGUAAUAUGAGAAAGUUCAGAACUGCUCAUAGUUUUAUAAAUAGCGUUUAUUAUUAUAAAAAUUCCAAGUCGUAAGUUCUGAUUUUUAUUUAAACUUUACUUUAUUUUUAUUUUUCCCAAUUUCAGCCUUGGUAAAAAUGCAGUGUCUAUAGUUAUGAUAACUGAUCAAUGGAGUCAUAACAUCACCGAUCUCCCAAUUACAAUCCUUGCGAAAAAUUCGACAAAUCAAAUCACAGCAACAACCAGAAAUCAAAUGUGUGUAAAUAAGUUUUUUAAAAAUCAAUUUUACCCCAACUUUAUGAUUUUCUAGCGAUGGGAUGCCAACUUGUCGAUACAUUACAACUGUAGCUUUAACAAAUGUUCUUGAUAAUCCGGAAACUUUAGAAAUUCAAGAUGAAAAUGGAGAGGUCAUGUUGGUAAGUAAUUAGUACAAGAAACAAAAAAAAAAUCAAAAACAUUUGGGUUGGAUAGAUUCCAAGGCAAGAUUGCAAACAUUUGUGAGAUUUUGAGAAAUUCCGAAAAAAUGAAAAUUAUUUUUUAAGUUGGCUUUGGUCAAAAAUGAAAUACGUAGUUUUUGAAAAAUUCUAAAUGUUUCUAAAAUUAAGAAUAACAAUGUUCGAGCCCAAUUUCACAAGCUUGGUGCGAACUAUUUUUGAACUUUUUUUUGGAACUUGUGUAUUUUUUUCACAUUUAAAACAUAAUUUCUUCUAAAACCCUAUCAGAAACCACAAUUUGCAGCUGCCCUUCCAAUAUGCAAAAACAACGGCCCCAAGUAAAGUAAUGAUUUGCAUUUCGCCUCAAUUCGCCGCGGAACAGUGGCAACUUUUUGUAAUGCAUGUACACGCUGCUAAACAGUUUGGAGCACAUAUGCACAUUUAUAUUACUUCAAUAAUCGAAUCGUAUUAUAAAUUAAUGCUGGAAUAUGAAAAAGCGGGUUAUAUAACUCUUGAUAAAUGGAUUCGUAUAAAAUUUCCUGAUCCAAAAAGUGCCUACAUUGAUGCAAAUCCUCACGUUGAAUGGAGAAAUCAAGCAGGCGCCCAAACUGAUUGUCUUAUGAAAUAUAAAGAAGCUGUCGAUUAUAUUGCAUUCUUUGAUAUGGAUGAUAUUCUAUUUCCUAAAUUUGCUAUGAAUUAUUGGGAAGAGUUCAAUUAUAUGUAUAAUGUUCGACCAGAUGCUACAGCUUUAUCAUACGGCCGUCGAGAACAUGAAUUUAUCAAACCUUCAACUCUUGAUGAAUUCAGUUUCAUGGAAAUUGUGGGAAGCUUAAAGUCGUCACCAUUGGUGAAAAGUGGAAAAGUUGUGAUUCGCCCGGAAAACUACAAUUCCACGUGGAUUCAUUUUACAUGGCACCAUCCAAAACAAACCAGGUAUUUUUUCAUUUUUCAAAUUUUUGAAAUUCAAAACUUGUUUCUAGAUUUGAAGUCGAAUCUCCACAUUUGGUUCACGUUCAAAGACCUCUUCAAAAAAAUGGAAAUGAAAAUAUCAAACAAUUGUGGAAGAUGACUUUUGAUCAAUUGAAUGAAACUAUUCGAGAGAUGGAUAUUGUUUCAAUUCAACUGGAUUUUCUGACGUAAGCCAGCCAGAAAAAGCAAUUCUGACUCAAAGAUUUUAUCUAUACAGGUCUAGCUUUUCUUUUGUUUGCCACUUAUUUUCUUUUGAGAAAAAACCUAAUUAUCAGAAAAAUAAUGGGAAAACUUGAAUAAACUAAUUAGGUUAGAGAAAUUUGAGUUGAAUCUGAAAAUCGAAAAAAAGUGAAAAAAAUUGAUUUUUGAUGUUCUUACAAAAUUGGAACAAAAAAAAAUUUUUUAUGACUAUCGUUAGAAAAACACAUUGGACCUGUAUGUAUUUUGGGCUUCAAUCAAUUUCCCAAAACCCAUCCUUUUGUACAGAAAAUAAACAUUUUCUGUUUCAUCUUCUUCACAUUUGUUUCAAUUUCCAAAAAUAUUUGUGACUCUAAGAUUUUAUCUAUAAACAGGUUUCAAAUGUUCAAAUCCUAUCUCAAAAGAUCAGAAAAUUUUUUCAGAAUGAAAAAUAGUUCACAUGUGAUCCAAGAAAUCAAAGAUGGUUUACCUGACAGUGAUUUUUAUUUACCGGUUGUUUUCAAAUGUUACUAUGAUCGAUUCUAUUCUUGGGCUUUUGAUAAAAAAGAAAAACCGGAAGGAACUUGUCCGAAUGCAGAUGAAUGUCAUCUUCCACAACGACCUGAAUAUCCAUGCAUACAUUCCGAUGCAUCAUAUUUUUCUGGACCAAAAAUGACGCCAAUUAGUUAUCACUAUGCAACAGAUAUGGUUUGGACAGAUCAAAUCGGGUGCUAUCAGUAG